GAAGAGAGGCCUCAGGAGAAACCAAACCUGCCAGUUCUGUGAUCUUAUCUUGGAUUUCUUUUUUUUUUUUUUUUUCGUUUUUUUAGAGGGAAUCUCUCUCUUUUACCCACGGUGGAGUGCAGUGGCAUGAUCUCGGCUCACCGCAACCUCUGCCUCCCAGGUUCAACAGAUCCUCCUGCCUCAGCCUUUCUAGUAGGUGGGGUUACAGGCACGCGCCACCUUUGGAUCCGUACCUCCUCCCGUCCUGAGCCAAAGGCCACGGAAGUGACGUUUGCACGCCGUGCGUAACGUGCAUUCUGGCGGUGCCGGGAGCGGGGCGAGGAGGAGGGUGGGUAUGAGGCGGUAGCGGACCGCGGAGCCGAGACCUACCCGAACGACGCGGGGGAGCGGGGCUUUGGACGCCGGUGGAGACGCAGGCGAGCAGGAAGAAGAUGAGCCUUAAGUCUGAACGCCGAGGAAUUCAUGUGGAUCCUGUGCAAGAAAGGAUGUGGUUACUAUGGCAACCCUACCUGGCAGGGUUUCUGCUCCAAGUGCUGGAGGGAAGAGUAGUACAAAGCCAGGCAGAAGCAGAUUCAGGAGGACUGGGAGCUGGUGGAACGACUCCAGCGGGAGGAAGAAGAGGCCUUUGCCAGCAGUCAGAGCAGCCAAGGGGCCCAAUCCCUCACAUUCUCCAAGUUUGAAGGAAAGAAAACCAACGAGAAGACCCGCAAGGUUACCACAGUGAAGAAAUCUUCAGUGCAUCUUCCAGGGUCGGAUCAAAGAAGGAUAUCAUUGAAAUGGAUUCCAGGCGUGUGCCUCGAGACAAGCUGGCCUGCAUCACCAAGUGCAGCAAGCACAUCUUCAAUGCCAUCAAGAUCACCAAGAACAAGCCGGCGUCAGCAGAUGACUUCCUCCCCACCCUCAUCUACAUUGUUUUGAAGGGCAACCCCCCACGCCUUCAGUCUAAUAUCCAGUAUAUCACGCACUUCUGCAAUCCAAGCCGACUGAUGACUGGAGAGGAUGACUACUAUUUCACCAAUCUGGUUGCUUUGUGUAUUCUUCUGAAAAUAAGCGAAUCAUCUAUUGUAUUAAAAAAAAAAAAGACUGUGCCACACAGUUUGGGUGUGGUGGCUCACGACUGUAACCCCAGCACUUUGGGAAGCCAAGAGGCUGGGCACUCACUGCAGCUGGUUAAUGAUGACCAUGUGGACAUGCUCUCGGGCCUUCAGGAUCUUCUCCAGCCAGUGGAUGUUAAUAUCCUCCAUCUCCUGGGUCCCAGCGAUUCUCCUGCCUCAGCCUCUUCCUAUUUCACAAGUAGGGAAACUGAGGCCCAGGUAGGCAAGCCUGACUUGCUGGAGUCACACAGGAAGUUGGCAGCUCUGCUCCAUCCCUGGGAUCUGGAGCCCCUGGUCUGGGGAAGGAGAGGUGGGGCACUGCCUUCCCAGAGUCCCCUCAAGCUGGCAGGGACGGCUGUACCCCCAGGGUCAGAGGAGAACUAAAAGGAGCAGAAGCUGGCCUGGGUCCAGGGAGAGACCUCGUGUUUGCCCAAAAGGGAGCUGGAGAGGGGCAGCUGGGCCCAUACGCAGGGAGGAGCUGCAGGGAGCUGGUGGCGGGGCAGCAAAGAGAAGUGGAUUUGGUGGGUAGAGGGGCCCCUCCUUGGUUCUAGUCCUCCCCGCAGCCCCUCGCAAACAGGUGGGGCUCUCCUGUCCCUUUCUCCUCUCCUGCAGCAAGCCCUAUAUGAAGAGGCCUCUGGUGAGUGGCAGCUCAACCUCUGCUAAAUGCCUCCAGUGAUGGGGAGUUCACUACCUUCCAAAGUUUUUAAAAGAUGUUAACCACUGCUAUUCAAGAACAAUUCUAGAAUUUUUUUUUUUUGAAAGACAAGGUCUCAUCAUUCUGUCUCGCAGGCCAGAGUGCAGUGGUGUGAUCAUAGCUCACUGCAGCUUUGACUUCCUGGGCUCAAGCAAUCCUCCCUCCUCAGCCUCCUGAGUACCUGAGACUACAGAUGUGCACCACCACACUGGCUCAUUGUUUUCAUUUUUUGUAGAGACAGGAUCUCACUAUGUUGCCCAGGCUGGUCUGGCUUCAAGCAAUCCUCCUGCCUUGGCCUCCCAAAGUGCUGGGAUUACAGGCGUGAGCCACUGCAUCUGGCCUUUUUUUUUUUGGAGAUAGAGUCUCGCUCUGUCACCCAGGGUGGAGUGCAGUGGCGUGAUCUCGGCUCAUUGCAACCUCCGCCUUCCGGGUUCACCUGCCUCAGCCCCCCGAGUAGCUGGGAUUACAGGUGUCUGCCAACCAUGCCUGGCUAAUUUUUGUAUUUUUUGGUGGAGACAGGGUCUCACCAUGUUGGCUAGGCUGGUUUCGAACUCCCGACCUCAGGUGAUCUACCCGCCUCAGCCUCCCAAAGUCCUGGGAUUACAGGCUGAGCCACUGCGACCCGCCCUGCUGUUGCUUCUGAGGUUUGAAAACCACUGCCUCAAUGCUCCUGAUUCAGCUCUUCUUACCCAAAGGUUCCCCCACCUCAUCUACUCUGUUCCUGCACAGUCGCCCUUUUCUCUGAUGCCCCGGGCAGGUCUCUCUCUGCCAGCUCCACGCUUCUGGAGUCCCCCAUCCAUCUUGGGGCCCAGCUGCCCACUGUCUGGGUUCAGACCUUCUCAACACUCCCUGGCUUCUCUGCCCUUAGUUUUGCCUUCUCCAAUCCACUCUUGGUGGGUGGAAGUACGGUUACCGUGGUAACCUGAAGACAACGCAAAUCUGAUUGUAUCAUUACAAUGACUGGGAAAACCUCCAGUGCCACAAAAUAAAGCUCAAGUCACUAGCUUUGCAGUCCAGGCCCUUUACCAUUCCGGCAGCAUUUCUGGGGGCUAUUCUCCUUCCCCCCACUGCACAACCCCACCUGGCCACCCCAGGCUCAGGCUGCAGAACAGCGUAGACCAGGGAGUGGUUUUGGGGUCAUGCUAACUACCUGGUUUUUGUCUCUUUCAGGCUGUUUGUUCAGUUGCAAAAUGGGAAGGACAACAGCACCCGCCUCACAGGCUAAGAGGCUGUGUGUGAAAAGCCCGCAGCACAGGAUCUGGCACGCGUGGACGUGCGGGAUGGGAGGAGGGGAUUUCCCAGCUCCUCAUCUCUGCAGGGACUGGCCUUGGCCUAGAGAACACCAGCUGUCCAGGGAGGGGGAGCUUUCUCUGAGCCCCCCGAUGUGUGGCAGGCAGAGGAGAGCAAGCUACUUCUGGGAGGGGAGUUGUGGGGAAGGGCAAGUUAGUCUUUACUGGUGGCAGUGAGCUGGCACUUUGGUCUCACCUCGGCUGCAGAAACCCACCCUGCUCCCGUCUUAUUUCCUGGGGAUUUCAGCUGUGUUCAGGCACAGAUGCAUCUCCCAAGUGCCUCAUGCUUGCCUUGACCUCCUCUCCUUCCUCUGGCCAGUCCUGAACCUCUUGGUGAUCCACGGCGGCACCUCUGUGUCCUACAUCCUUCUCUGGCCAUCUCCUUCCCUCCUUCCAGCCCUCCUCCUAGGACCCUGACCCCAACCAUCCUUCAUCCCCAUGGGGACAUUCAGUCCACUGACUCAUCACCCUCCCCUGUCCCUCUGUGAGAGAAGGAGCAGGCAGAGAGGAUCUUGCAAGAGCCUUCAGCAACUCUCUUCCACCCAUCCUGUUGCUUGCUUCUUUUUUUUUUUUUUUUUCAAAAAAAUAGAGAUGGGGUCUUGCUAUGUGGCUGGUCUCAAACUCCUGGGCUCAAGUGAUCCUCCUGCCUCGGCCUCCCAAAGUGCUGGAUUACAGGCGUGAGCCACCACACCCGGCUCCGUUCCCUUUCUAAGCAGGGUGCUCCUUUUCUUGCCAUUCCCCCCAUCCUCCUUUCUCUCCCACAGCUCACUUCCUUCUCUACUGAAUCUGCUGAAGAUCAUGCAGCUGCUGUUCCUGCCUCUAAAACCCUCUCUUGGCUGGGUGUGGUGGGUCACAUAUAUAAUCCCAGCACUUUGGGAGGCUGAGGCAGGAGAAUCACUUGAACCCGGGAGGCGGAGGUUGCAGUGCGCCGAGAUUGCGCCACUGCACUCCAGCCUAGGUGAUAGAGCAAGACUCUGUCCCCUCCCUCCACCAAAAAAAUAAAGCCCUCUCUGCAUCCAUUCCACUCUCCACUCUUGCUCAUUCUCUCCUGCCCUCUAAAAGGUGAUCUGUCUUUGGCAGAUUCAAUCACUUGCCUUUCUCAUUCUCUCCUGAGCCCACUAUUCCACUCUGGUCCCCACCACUUCCCCCAAAACUGCUUUGAACCGUCGCACUGCAACCUGUUGCUUAGCCCCUCCAUCUAGUCUCAGGCGUUAGGACUGACUUCCCAGCAGAGGCUGGUGCAACCAAUCACCUCCUUUAGUAAGUUUCUCCCUGGGCUUCACCUCUUCACCUGUGGGCU